GUCGGUCGGCGGCGGCGGCGGCGGUAUGUGUGUGCGUAUGUGUCGACGCCGCGCGCGCCGCCGAGGAGCAUGCGCCGCCGCUGGAUCACUCACGCCUAUCGCCUAUCGUCCAGUGUUCGUCGGCCGCACAGUACGCGCGCAACUGUUGAUAUUAUAAUAUUUCAAUACGUAAAAUCGUUUUUAUUUUAUUUUUCCGACUAGUUGCUGGCUGCGAUCGAAUUUUCGUGCACUACCUUGACCGGACACGGAAACAUAGAGACGUGCAGACAGGAACAAAAGGACGAGACGGCGAAAAGAGAGAGAGAGAGAGAGAAGACACAUUUAUCGGUUCAUACCUACAAGAGAAAUACACAAUAACUUAAUCGCACAAAGCCGGGGCGAAAAGAAGGAAACGAUUUGAAACUGCAAGCCGCGUCACCACUAGCUCCGCGCACCAGUAGAAAUUCUCGUCGUACCAACAACCAUAAAACGCAUAUUGUUGGCAUGUCUUUCUUUCAGCAAGAGGAAAGUGACGAGUACGAAGAUGUCAGCACUGUUAUGGUUCGAAACUCACAUCUUGACCUCAUGGAUCAAGAUAUACUAUACCAUUUGGCUUUAGGAAGCGGUUCCCAUGAUCUGAGAGCAAUGUUCGGAGAUGUUAAGUUCGUGUGUAUGGGUGGCACGCCAAAACGUAUGGAACAAUUCGCAUACAAGUUGAUGGAGGAAAUAUCGUAUAAAAUACCUACAGGGACCAAGUUGCAAGAUAUCAGUCGUUAUUCAUACAGAUACUCAAUGUAUAAAGUCGGCCCCGUCUUGUGUAUAAGCCACGGAAUGGGCAUGCCUUCGGUGGGAAUACUGUUACACGAAAUCAUCAAACUCAUGUUUCACGCCAAAGUCGUGGAUCCUGUGUUUUUUAGGAUAGGUACUAGUGGUGGUAUCGGGCUGGAAGGCGGGACUGUGAUCAUUUCUGAUGAAGCCGUGGACGGUUUUCUUCAACCACACUUGGAAUUGCAAAUUCUGGGUAAGCUGGUGAGAAGAUCAUCGAUUUUAGACAAGAAACUGCAAUGGGAGUUAAAAUCUUUAGCGGAACCUGAUGACCCGUAUCCUACGAUGAUUGGCAAAACCGUAUGCACCAGUGAUUUCUAUGAAGGACAAGGUCGUAUGGACGGAGCGUUUUGCGACUUCACCGAAGAAGAAAAAAUGGAGUAUUUGGAGAAAUUAAAAGCAAACGGCGUGAGGAACAUCGAGAUGGAAUCGUUAGCUUUUGCCGCACUUACACACCACGCAGGGAUUAAAGCCGCCGUUGUAUGCGUCACGCUUUUGGACAGGCUCAAAGGCGACCAGAUACACUACCCAAAGGAAGUACUGGACGAAUGGCAGCAGAGACCCCAGGCACUAGUGUGCCGCUACAUAAAAAAAUACUUGUCGAAAAGGGGUAUGAUAUUGAACAAUCACUGUGGAUCAAUCAACGUCAAAAGUCCGAGAAGGUUUAAACUAGUCCAACAAGAAUCCGAAAGUUACGAUUAGAAAAAUGCAAGAAAACCAACGAACGAUUUGGAUGGAUCCUCAAUAAUACUAUAACCCGAACAUUGACUAUGAUAUGAAUACGAGUGUACAGUCAAUGAAUUUGUGUUAAAUAAUACUAUUUUAUUUCAAAUAAUUA